AAUAUAAAUAUGUAAAACUCUCACACUUCUUUCCACCACCGCCACCUCCGCCGCCGUCUACGGUGGUGCAAAAAAAGUUCCUUUCUUUUUCUGGAAAAAUGGGUCAGGGACUGAGUUGUGGAACGAGUGAUGAACAUGGGUUAUUCUGUGCUGUUCAGUUGGGUGAUUUAGACACAUUAAAAUCUGUUUUAGAGAAAAACCCAUCUCUUAUUCAUCAUUCUACUGUAUAUGAUCGACAAUCUCCUCUUCAUAUUGCUGCUGCCAAUGGCCGGAUCGAGGUUGUUACUAUGCUGUUGAACAAAUCUAUCAACCCAGAUUUGUUGAAUCGCUCUAAGCAGACUCCAUUGAUGUUAGCAGCAAUGCAUGGGAAGAUCUCUUGUGUGGAAAAGCUAAUUGAAGCAGGAGCUAAUAUUUUGAAGUUUGAUUCACUUAAUGGAAGAACAUGUUUGCACUAUGCUGCAUACUAUGGACAUUUUGAAUCACUUAAAGCUAUUCUAUCCACAGCUCGUACAUCUCAUGUUGCAGCAUCUUGGGGAUAUGCAAGGUUUGUGAAUGUUAGAGAUGGUAAAGGAGCAACACCUUUGCAUUUAGCAGCCCGUCAAAGACGGCCUGAAUGUGUUCACAUUUUGCUUGACAAUGGUGCUCUGGUUUGCGCGUCAACUGGUGGAUAUGGAUUUCCUGGUAGCACUCCACUUCAUUUGGCUGCAAGAGGUGGCUCUCUUGAUUGCAUCCGUGAAUUGUUGGCGUGGGGAGCAGAUCGACUACAUAGAGAUUCCACCGGGAGAAUACCAUACACGGUUGCUUUAAGGUACCACCAUGGUGCUUGUGCAGCUUUGUUGAAUCCUUCAUCGGCAGAGCCUCUUGUGUGGCCAUCGCCGUUGAAGUUCAUUAGUCAGCUCAAUGAUGAGGCGAAAGCUUUACUAGAACGUGCAUUAAUGGAAGCGAAUAAGGAGAGGGAAAAAAAUAUCUUAAAGGGGACAGAUUACUCUCCACCUUCCCCAUCCCAAUCUGAUGCAGGGGUGGAUGACAACAUAUCUGAGGUCAGUGAUACAGAAGUAUGUUGUAUCUGUUUUGAUCAAUUAUGCACAAUUGAAGUCCAGGACUGUGGGCACCAGAUGUGUGCACAUUGUGUACUGGCCUUAUGCUGCCACAACAAGCCAAAUCCGACCACGACUAGUCCACCAGAACCCGUGUGCCCAUUCUGCAGAAGCAACAUUGUACAGUUACAAGCUAUUAAGGCCACAAAGAACGAUGACACAGAUUCUGAUCUCCACUCCUCAAAGCUUCGAAAGACUAGGAGAUCACGAAACGUCAGCGAGGGCAGCAGUAGCUUUAAGGGGUUAUCAGCAGUAAGUUCUUUUGGCAAAAUGACUGGUCGUGGCUCCGGUAGGAUUGCUGCUGAUAACGAAUGGAUCGAUAAGCCAAUAACCCUUGAUUGAUACCAAAAAAAAGUUUCCAACUUUGGCAAUUAAAGAACAAUUCCAUGGGGGGUCUAAUGGUAUAUAUAGAUAGAUAGAUUGAUCUUUCUCUUCCCUAUGUUUUGUAGAUUUGGGAAAUAAGCAAAGUUGAAAUGAUUUGCAAGCUUGGUUUAGAUUGAGUACUAUAUCAUUUGUGUGGGUCACAGAAAAAAAAGAGUAUUUUGUGUAAAAUCUUGUUUUCUUGAAGUAGUAAACAAAAUUCUUUGAAGUUUCUUACCCUUUUUUUUUCCUCUAGUUUUUUGUGUUUUCACUUACUAGGUGAAAACACAACAUUCUUCCAUUAUAGUAUGAUGAAGUUAGCAUUGGGAAAGAGUCAAAAUGAAAGCAAGUGAUGAGGAAAGUAGACCCUACCUUACCCUAUAUGUUUUCUUUAAAUUAAAGCAGCCUCAAGGUGUGAAAUGAACUACAAUUUGUAUCAAUUAUUUUAUUGAAAAAUAU